AUGGAUGUCAGUCAUAUACUGUUAGGAAGACCAUGGGAGUUUGAUCGUAAGAUCAUUCAUGACGGAGCUCAGAAUACGUAUAGUUUCAUAUGGGAUACUCAUCAGAUUCUUCUCUUGCCUUCCAAGGAACAUUCGCUGCCACCACCGCCUGAACCACCGAAGCCGUCUUUGGUUCCUACGAAUGUUCCACCAUCUAACAACUAUGCUACGUUCUGCUCUUUUGCUUCAUUUGAUGCCGAGUUUCGGAAGGAAGGUAUAGUUUUUGCCUUGUUGUCUGCGUCUUCAUUGCAAACUGCGGUGUCUAAUAUCGAUCCGCAACUUGCGGAGGUUCUCCGAGAGUUUGACGAUGUUUUUUCCGCUGAACUACCGAGUGCUCUGCCUCCAUUACGCAAUAUCCAACACCAAAUCGACCUUAUUCCUGGUGCUUCGCUUCCUAAUCGCCCUCAUUAUCGAAUGAAGAAUUAA